AUGUCUACAGUUUCCGACGCUGAAAAGCAGCAAGCUCAAGAUCAGAAGGCACAAGCUUUACAACAACAAUACAACAAAUAUCAAGAAAAUAUAACUAAUUUACAAACUCAACUCAGUACAUUAACUUCUCAAAUUCAUGAGCAUGCUAUAGUCGACAAAACAUUGAGUGGAAUUGCUCCAUCAGAACGUGGAAAUCGUAAAUGUUUUAAAAUGAUUGGGGGCGUACUUGUAGACAAGAGUGUUGAUGAGGUGAUCCAGAUACUUAACGAUGAAACUAAGAGCUUAAACGAAGAAAAGGCCAAGUUUGAACAAGAGUUAGUCAAGACAAGAAAAGAGAUGGAAACGUGGAUGAAAAGCAAUAACAUCAAAAUUGUCAAAGGAGGAGCACAACAAUAA